AUGUCGGUACAAGGGAAAGUUGCUAUUGUCACAGGAGCCGGCCUGGGGUUAGGCAGACUGUACGCUCUUGCCCUUGCUGCACGAGGAGCAAAAGUCCUGGUCAAUGACUACGGUGGCAAUCUGGAAGGACAAGCUGGCACUAUCACGAGAGCGCAAUCGGUUGUCGACGAGAUAAAGGCUGCGGGCGGUAUUGCAGUAGCUCACAAUGGAGAUGUUUCCAGGGACGCAAAGCAUAUCGUGCAAGCGGCGGUCCAGGAGUUCGGCACAGUCGACAUACUGAUCAACAAUGCGGGAAUCACGGGCAAGAUUUCUCAUCACGACAACGUCGACAGUGCAGCGUUCAUGCGUGUCCUCGAGAUCUCUGUCUUGGGGACCGCUUUGGUAACCAGCGCGGCGUACUCGGUUAUGGCGAGACAAUGCUACGGGAGAAUUGUUAAUGUGUCUUCUAACGCCAUUUACGGCUUCGGGGCAGGCGGCGAUUGUGCCUAUGGUGCAGCUAAAGGAGCUACUUUCGCUAUGUCCAGAGAGCUGGGGAGAUGGUCCGAGAGAGACGGCAUCAAAAUCAAUUGCAUUAUGCCUUCGGCAGCGUCGAGGAUGACCGACCUCUCAGAGGGAACGAAGAAGGUGUCGGCCUAUUUUCCGCCAGAGGGAGUGGUACCUUUUGUAGUUGCGCUUUGCUCGGAAGAAUGCCCGACCUCUGGUGAGGUUUUCACGGCCAGUGCCAAUCGAGCCGCGAGGGAGACCCUGGCAACCUUUCCGGGCGUCAAUUCCGAUAAUCCAGAAGGAUAUCUGAAAGACUGGGACAAGGUCAUGGGAAAGGGUGACGUUCCGUAUCUGGCAGACAGCACGCUUGAUCAAGUCAAGUAUAUCAUCCGCCAUGCACACGGCACAGAGAUGGAAGAUAUACCUGAAUUUGGUAUUGCUGGAAAAUGA